GUUUGGUCUCGACAGAACCGGCGUCGGUCUCUGCAGAACGAUACGCGAUUCAAGUGCCCGUUUGGUGAUCGUCAGUGCGGGUUCGAGAGAGAGAGAGAAAAAAAAAAUCAUCGGCAAGGUGCGUUCGGUUUGCGUGGUUUCGUUUCCCGUGGUGACUCAAGCCGAUGGUGAACGACUGGUCCCUCUAAGCGGUCUUUCGGAGGUACUCCGCAUUUAUCCCUCUAAUCCGCCAUCAAGCCUGUCGAAGAUCGUACCGCCAAAACUGACGAUCUGAUGGCUUUCGCACCCCCGUACCGCCGCCACUGUCGUCGCGCAGCUCCGGUACCGGUCCAUUCCGGUUUUCCGCCAUUACAAUGAUGCCGUCGAAGUCCACCCCCGACCUCCACCAGUCGAACAAGCACUUCGCCGCCCAUCAGUAUCGCCAGAAGACCAGUGGCGACGCCACCGAUCGAACGGCGACGAGAGAUGACGACUCGCCGCCUCCGGAACCGCCCGUCCGUGACUCUUCGUCCCUCAAGUCGAUCAAGUACGGUCCUGGACACGAGAAGUUCCCGUCUUGGCCAGUGCCGGCGGCAGCAGAAGUGUCCGGUCGCCCCGCCCCCUCUGGUGGCUCCAGCAGGUCCAAGUCUUGGACCGACCACACCAACUAUCCCAAGGAGAAGGUGGUCCAAUACAUCAGGCCCUACAUGAAGCGGCAACAUUCGGCUUACGCUCAGCAGAAACUGAAAACUGUGAUGGAACGUUGCGAGAAAAUCCCGCCGGAAACGUACGAGACUAGGCGCGCGACGGACAAGAUGGCGGAGAGGCUCUUCCUGCCCAAUGUGGACCACGACGGAAAACCGCUGGGCGACGCGGAAUACGCGGUACCGUCGCCCCCCGAACGAGACUUCUCCAAGCCUCAGCUCACCCAAGCCGACCUGGAGGAGUACGCGAAAUCAUACCAGGACCCCAUCGACACCAACGGCCUGACCAAGGGCGGACUGCACGAGUUCAUAGAGUACAAUCGGAGCUACGAGAGCUCGUUGUACAACUCCAAGCACCUUCACCAAAAGCAGGUUUCUUACGCCCAGAGCGAGGGAUACCACAGCUACGUGUCUAGCACGGACUCGACCUUGACGCCCUUCCUGGACAGAUUGAGGCGGGACAGCGAGGCGGCCGCGUCGCGACCGCAAUCGUCCGACACGUGGGAGGCGGCCGAAGGCGGCAGAGACAGUGUAGUGACCACGAGUUCCGGGAGUGCUUCCUCUAGUGAGACCCUAAAGUGGCACGGUUCGAUGAGCGAUGUAUCCGUGGCUAGUAGCGCUAGCACGCACCCAAGCGCCGGUUCUUCUUCGAGGCAACUGAUCGCUCACAGUGCCAGAGUACAGACGCCUCAGAGGCACCACUCCGAGAGCGUCCUCUACAUGGGAGGAAACGAGGGACGCCAGGAUGGCUGGAAGGACAGGGAGAUCCGGAACAACAACGCGAACAAACUCAAGUUGUUUCCCGUCAACACGUACACGGUACAGGAGGCGGAGAGGCAGCACGACGGGGGCGGGGGAGGCGGCGGUAAUAACACGUCGAAGAAUAGACUGUCCCUCUCGCUCCAGUCCGCGUUGUCGGUAGCGGAUAGAAUAAGCGAGCUGGAAAAGCAACAAAAAUACUCGUACCUAGACCCGAAUAAGAAACACAAAGUUCCUGACCCUACCCUUAAGGCGAUCCAGAAGAAAGCCCUUUUAUCGUUCUACGAGAGGCACCACCAGAACGGUCCCGGCAAAAGCCACCAUUGGCGGUCCGAGCCACAACUCGCUCAGCAGCUGAGCGUAGCCCAAUCGCUGCCCAAAGUGAAGGUGACCGUGCCCUCUCGCAGAGCGUCUUCGGCUAGUGAUUACGCGGCUAGUACUAACGUGUUAAAGAGAAGCAAUUUCCCGUCACCCGAGACCAAAUCCGGUGCCAAACACCAGCACAGCAAUUCCUGCGGCAGUUUGUCGACCGAACUCGUGGGACCAGUUAUCGUCGGCCCGUCGAUAUCUGUAGACGAUUGGGUACCAGAAACGCCACCGGAACGACCACCGAAAAACCCAAACCUGAGGUCCACGUAUCCGGGUCUGUUCCAGAGGGUACCGAGCCCGGAUCUGCCGCCUCCUUCGCCGCCGACGGUGUUCGAUGACGAGGUGUUUCACAACGACGAUCCCCUGCCGCCUCCUCCGCCUGAAUGCGAGAGUGAUUGGCAGCGGGAGUUUAACGACAGAUUGAAAGAAAAUUCAACAUCGGGCCAUCAGAUCCCGCAACCGCAGGUCCAAAAGACGUCUCAGGACCAGCUGCACCAAGCAGUAGGUAUUCCCGAACGGGUGCCGAGGUAUUCGCUGAUCAAGACGCGUCCCGGCGACCACAUCAUCCAACAAAUCAGCAGCAGACCUUACGGCUCACCUCAGCCCGUUCCGAAGACGGAUCAGCACUUGGGAUUUCCGAACCAAAGGGGGUACGCUGAGAGAUCGAGCACCAGGUACCCGACCACUCAGAAGCUGGUGCUGAACGGAAACUUGGCGGUCAGUCAGAAGGUGAACCACGUGGCAGAUCAGCGCCGACCAGAGCCUCUACGGUCGACUCAUAGGGACGACUUCAAGAGGACUCAGAACGGAGCGGACACCCACAGGGCUCAGAGGGCAUCGAUCGCCGUGAGUACGGCGAAAGAGUCACCACCUCCGCUACAACCGAGACACGCGAGGACCAACCAGAGCAUGCGGGCCAAGAUGGCGUACGAACAUCGCACCAGGACUUCGCCUCCCGUGGAAGGGGGCACCAGGGAGCAGAGAUCCGCCUCGCUGAGCCAAUCAAAGGCGUCCUAUUUGGCGUCUCGUCGCGAUCGCGAUCGCAUCGUCACCGAUUCGGAAACGGGGAGCUACAAGAGGACGAUGUCGCCCAACGGCCACGCCCUCGUCGCAGAAACGGUGCUUCCCGAGCCGCAAAAGGUGAAGAGCCGUGAGACCAUUUGGCCGUUGGCGCGGAGCUGCUCCAAGAGCUCUGAGAGCGGCAACGUGGUGCCGAGGAGGUCUUCGGUGAAUGUAAAACCGAAAGAGGACGACACGAAAAAACCGAGCCUCGCGUUACCGGACGUUUUGCCGGUAAACGUCAAGAUGCUGCCGCGAUCUCAUCAUCAGUACAACAGGCCGACGCAGUUGAGUUUGUCGCCGCUAGGCGCGGACGUGGGCAAAAACACGUCGCCUGCGUCGACGUCACCGAGGAGUUCGCCGUUCGCUCCGCUGAGGACGACGAGUUUUAUCGUGCAAUCGUCACCCGUCGCGAUCAAAUCCAAUCCGACCAAGCAGACCGCGCAGGCGUCCCCACCGAGGGCUUCGCCCCAUAUAAAACCGACCCUUUCUCCGCCGGUCAACGCGCGGCCGCAAUACACCUCUUCAGCCCUGUUGCAACAAUCUGAGCCGAAGUCGGAAUCUCCUCCGCCCGAAUAUCCCAAGGUGAUCGAAGGACUCCAAAUGAUCCAAAGAACGGAGGUGGUGUUAAGGGUGAACACGUCCACGAGCGACGCGUCCUCGCAAACGGAAAAGGAAGAACUGCCGCCGACGCCUCUUCCGGCCCGGAAGAAAUCGCAAGAGGAGAUCGAGUGCGAAAGACUCUCCGAGGAUUUCGUCAAUCACCUGCCCACCUCAGAUAGGCUCAAAGAUCUUUUAGUUCCCGGACCAGACCACAAGAAGCCGACCGAUUACGUCCAAGGUCUGUUUCGAUUGGACGUGACGUUGAAACCGAGACCCGCUAACUCGCCGUUCAGAAGCAGAAACAACACUCCGAGCAGCAGUCCGCCUCCCGUAAACACUUCCAAAGUGUCAGUUAGUAAGUUAAGUUUACCGAAAUCAGUUCCUGCCGUGGAGGCGAUCAGUCCGUUGUCGGGUUCGUCGGUGUACUACACGACUUCGGAGCCCAAGGCCAAAUUUUUAACGAGGUACAGCCAGGACAUGAGUCAAUGCCACAUCGUCAAAGAUACCAAAGAUUUAAGUCAAAAGAAGGAGGAACUGGUGAGCCGUUUGGACAAGAAACUGGAGGUGCUGCGCAGCGAAGCUCUCAUAGUGUCGGACGAGUGUAGAAUUAACGACGACCUAGGCACCAACGUGGAAAACUACAUUACUAGGGUCGCCAGACCGCACGAGGUAUCCAAGUUCAGGCUGCACGUCGAAGAAGUGGGCAAGAUUACGAGUUUGCUGCUGGGACUCUCCGGCAGACUGGCGCGGGCCGAAAACGCACUGAUGGGCAUGUCGGACGAUCAUCCUGAACGGCGUAUCUUGGAGAGCAAACGCGACAAGCUCCAGGACCAACUCGAAGAGGCGAAAAAACUGAAGGAAUGCAUCGACAAGCGAAGCGUCAGCGUCUCAAACAUCCUGUACAAGUACCUGACGUCGGAAGAGUACGCCGAUUACGACCAUUUCAUCAACAUGAAGGCGAAACUGAUCAUGGACUCCAAGGAGAUAAACGACAAAAUUAAGCUGGGCGAGGAGCAGCUGGGCGCGUUGAAAGACACCCUGAUCGUGACGGAUUAAAAUCGGGGAUGCUAUCGUUUAGGUGUUACGCGCUGUACUCGCCAUAUCAGUUAGUAAAUGUAGGUGCGACCUCGCAGAUAACACAUCCGUCCGUGUGUCUCUUACCGUUUACCGAGAAACGGAUAAGAUGGCGGCGAUGGAAAGACGGGGGGCGCCGUCCGAAUCGCGAUAAUCUUCUUCUUCUUCAUCUUCAUCCUCUUUCCCUGUAUUCCAGAUUUUAAGUGGUGCGAAAUGGAUCUCCCGUCUUCAUCUCCUCGUGUGAAGUUCAUUAAAGAUUUUAUAUUGAAACUCUGAUGUCGUUUGUCGUUGUCGUUGUCGUUGGGGGAAUGGUGUGCGCAGUGCGCCCAUAGCAAUACUACUACGGUGUCUUGGUAAUUUUCUCCCCUGAAUGCUUUCGAUUGGGAAAAAUCGAUCUCCCCUUGCUCCUUUGGUUAUAAAACCCUCCACAGGCACUAGAAACACUACGAAAAAUGUGACACUAUGUUUUGGAUUGAUAUGAACGGUUUCUUUUCAAAACGUUCAAUAGGAUUUAGAGGUUAAGUUUAAUAGCCCUUGCUUAAUUGAACUAAUUUUACCAACAUAACCUCGAAAUAUGAUCCCAACUGCAGCAAAUGGUCAACGGUUAUCGCUAUUUGGGUGGCGGCGCCGCCGUCGGGGAGUGGGGGGAAGUUUGGCUGUUAUAUUUGUGUGCAUUUUUAUAUAAUUUAGUUUAGCGAAUGGUAACAGAACCGGAAGGAAUGAAAUGGUACGGCAAGGUGCGCAAGGCGCGUUUUUUUGGGACUUUGGGGCUCGAGGGUAGAAUUUUUUUUUUAAGUCGAAAGGAUCGAAGUUUGAGUUCGCGCCCUUUGCCGUUCGCCUUGUAUAAACUCGUUACCUAACAUCUUCCUACCAAGUAUUUAACGUUUUUUUUUUUUACGCGAGCUGUAAAUAUAAUCGUAAGAAAGCAAAUUAAAAAAAUGAACCUGGUGCUCUGCGCGUUUUCCCCUUUAAGUUGUUGUUAUUGUGAUUUUAUUUAGCGCGUUAAAACCAUAACAAUUGUACUUUUUAUUUUAUUAUAAUUUUUUUUAAUUUAUAUUAAGAGUAUGUCAUAUCUACGGAACCUGUUUUCCAAACAGACUAUUUUUCGAGCUUUACGCAGCGCUUGUAAUAAAUA